AACCUCAACUUUUGUAGGGUAAAUCGUUAUAUUGAAUUUCAUGCUAACGUUUAACGUAAACAAAAAUUGAAGCCAUGGCAGACACAGAACCAAAGCCAAUAAAAUGUAAAGCGGCUGUUUGUUGGGAGGCUGGAAAGCCCCUUUCCAUAGAGACUGUCGAGGUGGCACCACCAAAGAACGGGGAAGUGAGAGUAAAGGUGUUAUACACAGGAGUCUGUCAUAGUGAUCUUAGUGUCCUAAAUGGAUCGUUAAAACUCGGUCAGAUGCCUAUCAUCCUUGGACACGAGGGUUCUGGUGUUGUAGAGAGCGUGGGUUGUGGUGUUACUGACUUUAAACAAGGAGAUCACGUGGUUAUGUUAUGGCUUCCACAGUGUAAUAAAUGUAAGAGUUGUAAGAGCGGCAAGACAAACCUAUGCGAUGAGUAUUUAGGUGGUACUCACGUAUUGGGAACAAUGUUGGAUGGAACAACUCGUUUUACUUGUAUGGGGAAGCAGAUAUACCAUUUUCUAGACUGUAGUACAUUCAGUCAGUACAUAGUAGUACCUGAGAUGUCGGUUUGUAAGAUUGAACCAUCAGCUCCAUUGGACAAGGUAUGUUUACUGGGAUGUGGAAUAUCUACAGGAUAUGGAUCUGCCCUCAAUACAGCCAAGGUCAAACCGGGUUCAACAUGCGCUGUAUGGGGCUUAGGAGCAAUAGGCAUGGCAGUUAUAAUGGGUUGCAGAAAAGCAGGCGCUUCCCGUAUAAUCGGUAUCGACUUAAACCCAGACAAGUUCAAACAAGGUAAAGCUUUUGGUAUGACAGAGGGCGUUAACCCAAAGGAUCAUGACAAACCACUUCAUGAAGUGCUAGCUGAAAUGACAGGUGGUGGCCUAGAUUAUACAUUUGAAUGUAUUGGUAACGUGAAAUGUAUGCAAACCGCCUUUGAAUCAACACAUAAGGGCUGGGGUAAAACCAUUAUAGUUGGCAUUGCACCGAAUACGGAUGAAUUUUGCACCAAACCAUUGAAUUUUACAAUGGGUAAACGAAUUUUUGGAUCAUUUUAUGGAGAUUAUAAGGGUAAAGACGAUGUUCCACGACUUUUAAAAGAUUAUAAGAAUGGAGAGGUGUUAUUAGACGAGUUUGUCACACAUACAAUGGCGCUAGAUAAAGUAAACGAGGCAUUUGAUCUCAUGCGGGAAUCUAAAAGCUUAAGAUCAGUGAUAAACAUGUGGGAGUGAAUGGAUAAUUGAGGAGGACAAUGAAAAUAUAUUUAGUGUUGACUUACUAAUAAACAGUAGGCGGUACAUUUAUACUCGCACCAUAUAUAUAUAUAAUAUAACUUUGUAUACAAUGUAAAGGAAGACUAUAAAACAGUUAUGCCGGGCAAACACCUUUCGUUUACAUACUUUUACACGACUUUCUACUUUAUUAAGUAUAUUGAUUUAUAUUUAAUUGUUUCAUAUUCAUUUGCUUAAAAACAUAACACUUUUGGGAGAUACACAAGACACUCCGUUUUGUCUAUCUACUGUUCCAAGGUUUGAUUCCAAAACUAUAUCUAACAACUUUUUCAAGCUUAUAAGUAUAAACUAAGUCACAGAGAGGCAGAGACAUUUCAUAUACAAAGAAAAGGAACACUUACUAGGUAAUUGUAGUAUGUGUCUUAAUUGUUUCCACAAAUGUGACCUAGCAAAUUAGACUUAAUAUCACGUCUUUUACGUUUUUCGCCAUGUCGCUGUCAGUUUAUUUUCGACUUAUGAGUUUAAAUAUUCCUUUGACAUAUUUCGCCUCCUCUCUUUUAGGAAAUGAAAACUUCAUCAAGUACAAUAUGUUUCAUGAAACUGAAUGAUAUUUAUUUCCACAAUAAAAUCACAGGCACUUGUCUCUGGACUAAAAUUACCUAUAUACCUUCAUAAAACACGUGUUAUAUUUAGGUAUGCAAGUUUUUUAUUCAGUCACCAUAAAGUUCGUGCAAUUCUUAAUUCUUAAAGGGGCAUUGGCUGUCAAAUUCAUGUUCACCGAUUUUAAUCAAAUACUCAUAUUUGAUUUAUAACAUACUAAAACCUAUAUGUAAAUUAUAAAAAGUCUAAAAUAAACAAUUUACAGUGCUCAAUUAUAUGUAUCACCAUUUCGUGUGUAUCUUAGUCUAGAUGCCAUCUAAUUAAUCAUCGAGUCGACCUCCGAAGACUGUCGAGGGUCAUAUAACCCGAUAUAAACAUAAAUAUAGAUAUAAAUAGAUACAGUGGAGAUCACUUCUAACCUCUCAUUAGAACUGUCAGAAUAAUCUGUCAUAGAACUGUUCUAAACUGUCAUAGAACAGUUCUACCUAGAACUGUUCUAAGUAGAACUGUCAGAAUCAGUUCUAGGUAGAACUGUCAUGAUCAGUUCUAGGGUAGAACUGUCUAAAACUCUUCUAGGUAGAACUGUCCAAAUCAGUUCUAGUCGUAGAACUGUCAGCAGAACUGACCAAAUCAGUUCUAACCGUAGAACUGUCAGCAGAACUGACUAAAUCAGUUCUAACCGUAGAACUGUCAGCAGAACUGUCUAAAACUGUUCUAGCCGUAGAACUGACCAAACCUGUCAGGAUUGUAGAACAGUUCUAAAUUACGUCACUGCAAUUUUUUAAUAUAUAUUAUAUUCUUUUGACUUAUUUAUAUUUAAGACAAAGAGUUCUUAAAACAGUUUUAUGAAUAGAACUGACUAAACCAAUUCUAGCCGAAGAACUGACCAAAUCAGUUCUAAUCGUAGAACUGUUCUAUUCGUAGAACUGUUCUAGUCGUAGAACUGACCAAAGUUUUGAUCAGUUCUAGGUAGAACUGUCUAAAACUGUUCUAGAGUAGAACUGUCAGGAUCAGUUCUAGGUAGAACUGUCAGGAUCAGUUCUAGGUAGAACUGUCUAAAUCAGUUCUAGGUAGAACUGACCAAAUCAGUUCUAGGUUAGAACUGUUCUAGCUAGAACUGUCUUAUAGGUGUCAGGAUGACAGUUCUACAUACUGUCCUAGAACAGUUCUCCUGACAGAUUCUGACAGAUUUGAUGAGAGGUUAGAAGUGAUCUCCACUGUAGCGAAUUCGUGCAAUUGGAUUUUUCUAGGUCUGUUUGAUCUCAUAUUGUAGGUUAAAAAUAUAUGUGAAUCCUCGUUUUUAACCUUAUAAGAAUUAGUUUUUGUGGAUCGAAUCAGUCAAUCAAAUGGUUUACCCUUGUUUCGCUUUCAUUGUUGACAUUCUUUUUCUCUUAAUAACUGAACACGCAUAACUCAUGCGUAAAUCAUUUCUAGCUAAGGGGUUAAAUUAAAGGUCACAUGAAAACGGAUUCAAUGAGGUUGAACUAUUCAUUUGCAUUAAUUGUGAAUAAUUCAUCACCGAUGUUUCCUUGCUUAUUUUGACAAAAUUGAACAAAACUGGCUUCUAACAGCGAAUUAUUAUUUCACUAUUUCAAUUUCAUUAAUGAUUGAACCAAAAAAAUCAUAUUUCAUUUUUUUUUUAUAUAUCUCGUAGCUAGUGCCCCUUUAACCUUUCUUUCUGAAUUUAUAUAAAUUUAUAUAUGUCCAUUGUCAUAUGUCUGAUUUCCUUUUACGGCAUAUAUAUAACAUGACUAUAUUGUACAUCAUUGUGUAUUUGACUUUGAUAGAAUUAAGAAUAAUAAUGUACAUGUGUAUUGAAUAAGAUAUGACACGAUAUCAAUAAACAAUGCAAUAUAA